AGUGCGCUAUACGAUGUUAUCCAUGAACGAGGCAGCUCAAAAUCCGAGAUUAGAACGUCCAGCAUCCGCUUAUAGAAAUCAUUUUAGACGCCGGAUAAAAAGUUGCGAUGAUCAAGAUGAAGAGGAUUUAGAAACAAUUCUCUUGAAUCCGGACGAAGAGCUUGAAGAAGAAAAAUUGACUCCAAGGAGUAAUCAAACGUCCUCUCCUAUGCCUAAUUUUGUUUCCUUUGAUAUAUCUGCUACUCAGGUGAGUUCCGAGACGUUCUAUACGCAAGUUCAAUCGAAUGUUCUCGAUCGGCAAAGAGCUCGGGCGAAUUCUGAUUCUAAAAAUUCAGCGACGGAAGAGGCUAGGUUGGAAUCUCUACGAAAAUUAAAGCAAACCCAAGGUGGACCAAGGCGUCAUCCGAAUAAGAAACUUGAUCCAAUAGGUGGUGAUACAUCAAUUUCUCCAACGUUACCUUUAUCAAAGACGCCUAUACCAGACGUUGUAUUAACAGAUAUAACAAUAAAAAAACCUUUUUUUAGACCUACUUCCCCGGAAAACGAGCAUGCUUCUCAAUCAAUAAGAUCUCGAAGAAAUCUAGGGGCAAUAAGAAUUGAUUCACCUAGGGAGAGGCCUCUUCCAACAGAAUCUCCCAGUUUGUCCCCUUUCCGAGAUAAAAUGCCAUUACCAAAAAUUAUCGAAAAAACGUCAUUAUUUAGAACGAAAUCGGCUCCCGAUACUCAAUGA